GAAGUGGAAAAGAUGGCGACUCAGAGAGAGCAAGACGUCGCUGAUUAUCUGAAGAAACACAAAAUACCAGAGCUCGUGGAGAACCUGACCAGCAUGCUCUUCUUUUACAGACCCGAGAAACCCAGAGAGUUUCUUGUUGAGCAGCUGGAGCAGCUGAAGAUUGCUCAGCAGAACGGUACAAAAGGGCCCAAUCUGUUCAACAAAGCCAACCUGGAUGCAGUCUUUGGGAUACUAGACCCCGCUAAUCAAAAAUACAUCACUUUGGCCCAAUACAAGCAGGCUCUGACCACGCUGGGCAUCAAAGAUAUUAACGAAUGCCCCGAAGGUGUCAAUGAAGACAGAAUAUCCCACGAGACCUUCAAAACAGAAGUGGUUGAAGGCCUGAAGAGAUGCUCAGCAACAUAUGAACAACUGUGAGCUUCUGUUUGAUGUUCCCUUCAGCUGAUGUGUUAUUUAUUAUGAUAUUGAUAUGCGUUUG